UGGAAUUUGAAAGGAUUUCUGACGCGUUUUACGUCAUCGGUGCGUUGCUUUGGCGCGCGGCGGCAGCAGAUUUGAAAAACUGCGGACAAACCGUUUGCGGACGGUCGGGUGAGAAAGAAAGCAGCGGACGGCUAUCCCUGAAGGGGCUAUCGUUGUGGCCAAACGUAUCGCCGCAGACAUAGAGAUGUCGUGGGACUUUUUUGUUCCGGUGUGUGUGGGAGACCUGGUUAAAACGGGAGGUAUUAAUCAGUACGUGGUUCAAGAUGUGGUUCCAGUAAAACAGCUGCCAUCCCACCUCAGCAAGUUCAAGGCGGCACUACGGAGCCAAGGGCCUUCAUGUAUAUUGGAGCAUUUUGACACAGGCUACAGUGUGCUGCAGCAUUUCAAUUCAUUGGAGCUUGGGACUAAAGAGGAUGCCUUGGAAUUGCUUGUUCAAGUGGUCAAUGGCCUGGCUGUUUCCCUACCAACAGUUCUCACUUCCAGCUCCCUUUCGGCCGCAGAGCGCAAGGAGAAACUAAAUGCAGUUAAAAUGAGCGUCUUCUUGCUAUGUAAACUCACAGAGAGCCUGGAAAGUUUCUCCUACAGACAGAAUAUCGUCACAGCACCUGGAAAGGGUAAUAAAAAAGGUAAAGGUGGUGAAGGACUGCUGCAGUGGGAUUCUGAAAGAGAGAGUGUCCUCCAGGCUCUUGUCCAGCUCCUUCAGCUGGAUAUCCGUUCUCUGUGGAGCCUCUCCCUGGUGGAGGAGGAGUUCAUCAGCUGUGUGACCUGUUGCUGUUACAAGUUAUUGGAGAACCCAACCAUCGGCCAUGUCAAGAACAAACCCACAAGAGAUUGCAUAAUUCACCUUCUCGGGGUACUGAUCACCAAGUACAACCACCUUUUAGGUGCCAGUGUGAAAGUCAUCCAGAUGUUGCAACACUUUGAGCAGCUGUCCUCUGUAUUUGCACAAGCUGUGUCUGUGUGGAGCACAGAGUAUGGAGUCAGAGCAGUUAUCGGCGAAGUCAUAAGGGAAAUUGGUCAAAAGUCAAGCGAAGAGCUUGCCAGAGAGGGCUCAGGCGUCAAAGCUUUUGCCUCUUUCCUCUCAGAAGUCGGUGGCCUGGUACCCGAAUUAAUGAUCCCCAACAUCAGUGUCCUCAUCACCCAUCUGGAGGGAGAGAGUCACACAAUGCGAGUUGCCGUGUGCGAGGUGCUAGGAGAAAUCCUUGUGCGAGUCCUAUGUGGAGACGGGCUGCAGGAAUCUGGCAGAGCCGACCGCGACCGCUUCUUCGACAUAUUGCAGGAACAUCUCCACGACACACACUCCCACGUCAGAGCACGUGUGCUCCAAGUCUUCACACGGAUCGUCAACAGCAAAGCACUGCCCCUGUGUAAGUACAGCGAGGUGAUGGAGCUCGCUGUCGGCCGGUUAAUGGACAAAUCUAUAAAUGCUGUGAAGAGCGCCAUCCAGCUGUUGGCAGCAUUCAUCGCACACAAUCCCUACAGUUGCAAGCUGAGCAGCGCUGAUCUGAAGAAACCUUUGGAGAAAGAAAUGGCAAAACUUAGAGAAAUGAAAGAGAAACUAGAGGGAAAAGCACCCGUCGCAGUGAUCAAGGCGUCAGAGCUGUGGGCUGCCAUGGAGCCCGAGCUCCUUGUUACUGUCAGGACAACCCUGGAGCACACAAGUGAAGCAGAGAGAGAGCAGGAGGAUGAGGAAGAGGGGGAUGUGGAGGAGGAAAAAUCAGAAGACGAUGACGACAGAGCCACUGCGGUGAAAAUCGCUCAGUACCUCCGGGUCAACAAAUACAGGAAUGCUGUCAAGCUUUGCAUAAAAGCUCACGAUUGGUUCCCAGAAUCAGAGAUGUUUGCUGCUCUGUCCACAGUCACCCCUGAGAGUCUAAUGGACACGCUGGGUUUGAUUUUCAAAGGCUCUGAUGAAGAUGCUUCAGAAGACACCCAGAACUUGCCACCAACCCCACAGAAGGAGGGAGACAAAGAAGGGGAGGAUGGGGAGCUGAAGAAGCAGGAGAUGUUGGUGCAGUAUUUGAGAGACACAGAAACAUUUUCCUUACAAGUGGAAAGGGCAAUAUUCAUCAUCAACAACAUGCUGUAUUGGAAAACAACUUCAGUUGUCCAAGAGGCAGUGCAGUUUUGUGUGACGGUGCACGAGUUCAGCGUUGCCAACUCUAUCAGUGGAGUGAGGAAGAUGUUGCCUCUGGUCUGGUCAACGGAUGCUGCCAUUAAAGAUGCUGUUGUUCAGGCCUACAGGCGCCUGUAUCUGAACCCGCAAGGAGACACGAUUAGGAUGAAAGCACAGACUCUCGUCGACAACCUAUCUGAACUGAUGGUGGACGCAUCUCUGGGUACCAUCCAGUGUCUUGAGGAAAUUGUGCAGGAGUUCUUUGGCAGUGGCAGCAAUCUGCAGCUCACAGUAAUUCAGGUCUUGUGGGAGAGAUUCACCGGCAAACGAGAAAGCUCCGUCAUCCAGAAGCGAGCUGCAGUGUUACUGCUUGGCAUGGCAGCACGGGCAGAGAGAGAAGUCGUGCUCAGCAACUUGGACACUCUUUGUUCUGUGGCUCUGGGAGAAAAAGUGACUGAAGACUUUUUGCUUGCAAGAGACACGGCGAUCACCAUUUGCAGCAUUACUGAUCAUGUCCGGCAAUCAAAGGGGGCUCCAUUCAGACUCCCCCAGGACCACCAGCUGUUCACCUGCCUUACACAGGCUGUUGCUGAGGGUGUGGUGAUGGAAGACCCUUACUGGCAGAGCUUUAUGGAGCAGGCCGUCCGACUCAUCUACUUCCUGGCAGAAUCCCCAGACCAGCUGUGCUCCAGGCUGCUCCAGCGAAGCGCCCGACUCUUACUUGAUCAGAUCACCGAGGGCGAUGAAGUCAACAAGGAUGUUAGCCAAAUGCAUGAUGGAUCUCAAGUCUCCACUGACCAAGAGGAACAAGUGAACUGUGUGUGUCUGGCCCAGCUGCUGGCUCUCUGUGGAUGCGUUGCUUUUUGGCAGGUGUCUCAUCUGGAGCGCAGUGUGAGCGCUGAGCUGCGGAGGAGGAGAGGAGAGACAGAAGAGAGGGAGGAGAAGGAGAAAAGACCAGGCAGUAAAGCUAAGCAGGUGGCCAAUGAAAGCACCAUGGAGGAUGAACUCGGGUUGAUUGGUGCCUCUGCUGAAGACACAGAAGCAGAGCUAAUCAGGAAAAUCUGCGAAACAGAAUUGCUGGCUGAGGAGAACCUGCUGAGUGUGUUCCUUCCUCUGCUGGUGAAAGUCUGCAGUUCCCGAGGGCGCUACUCCCACCCUCAGCUCACCACCGCUGCCUGUUUGGCACUGUCUCAGUACAUGAUGAUCAGCCCGUCGGUGUGUGAAGACAACAUCCGCCUCAUGUUUACCGUGCUGGAACGCUCCAAUCUUCCCGUCGUCAGGGCCAACGCCAUCAUAGCCUUGGGCGACCUCACGGUGCGUUUCCCAAAUAUUUUGGAGCCCUGGACGCAGAAUCUUUAUGCAAGGCUGAGUGAUGAGGUCCCGUCUGUGAGGCAGACAGCUGUGACUGUUCUUACUCAGUUGGUGCUUAAGGAUGUGCUAAAGGUCAAAGGCCAAGUCAGUGAGGUCGCCGUGCUGCUAAUUGACCCGGAGCCACAGAUCACCAGCCUGGCUCUGAACUUCUUCAACGAGCUGGCCACUAAGGAUAAUGCCAUCUACAACCUGCUGCCUGACAUCAUCAGUCGCCUGUCGGAUCCAGAGAGAGGAAUGAGCUCAGAGGACUUCAAUACCAUCAUGAAGCAGCUGUUCUCCUACAUCACCAAAGAGAGGCAAACUGAGUCUCUGGUGGAGAAAAUGUGCCAGCGCUUCAGGACAGCAAAGACGGAGCGUCAGUGGUGCGACCUGGCCACGUCCCUGUCUCUGCUCUCGAUGUGUGAGCGUGGCUUCAAGAGGCUGCAGGAAUGCUGGGAGUGUUACAGCGACAAGCUAACCGAACCCGGAGUCUACCAGCCUCUGCUCUCCAUCACAGCCAAGCUUCGCCGCGGGGCCAAACCUCAGUUUAAGUCCCAGGUGGACGACUUUGAGAAGCGGCUGACAGCGGUUCACACCCGAGGCUUGGAGAACGUAGAAAGUCCUGAGAUGGAUGAGAACCAAGGGGAAGACGGAUCGGCGGAGAAGACCAGCGCCCGCACGCCGCUUCCCACCAGAGGCCGUCAGAAAUCAAGGAGAGGUCAAACAAAGUCAUCGGUUUCCAGCCAAAAUGACAGUUUUGUAACGCCCCAAAAAUCGCGCAAGUCUAAGAAACCUGCGAUCACCUUCAGCAGUGAUGAGGAAGAGGAGGAUAAUGACGAUGCGGUGAUGGCAGAGAGCGAGACGCCCAAAGUGACGACUCCCAUCAGCCGCUCAUCCCGGCGAACUCGCCUCAGAAACUGAUUUUAUUUUCUUUUUUUACUGUGCUCUUAAUGUUUUAUAAUCAAAUAAUGUUUCUUAUUCCAUCUCUUUUGUAUAUUUGUUUUACUCUUUUUACCAUCACUAAACUUGAAUAGUCUCUAGAAGCAUCCAUUGACAUUAAAAAGGCUUUCCAAUGAA